AUGGACCCAGGGUUCCAGAUAACAUGCGUAUCGUCAUAUAUUCCAGGGCGGAUUCAAGAUCACAUUGCUGACAUUAAAGCCCGGGCCGCUGAGGAAUUAGCUAUAUCGAGGCAGCAAUGGCGGAAUGGGAGCUGUAGCGGAUUCAGAGAGGCUGCCAGGACCCCAGCGGACGACUUGAUUCAGCAGGUUAUGCAUCCAGACAGUGACGAUGACAACGAAGAUGGCAUCCCGUCGUAUGUCUGUGAAAAAACGCAAGAUAACCGGGCGGAAGAGAAUGCAGCUGAGGAGAACGGAACAGAGGAAAACAAAGCCGAAGAAAAUCAUGUGGUUAUCGACUUUGGGUCAGAGGAGACUGCGGCAGGGCUGACUGCCAGGUCUUUGGAUUCUGUUGCGUUCACAAAUGGGUCAUUAGAAAUUGAAAAUAAAAGCAACAACCCUGGCCUCCGCUCAAACGAUCGUCCCAGCCAACGUUCCAACGAUCAUUCCAAUGAUCGUUCCAACGAACGUACCGGUGACAUACGCCCUAGCGACUCUCGUGGAAGUGGCAACGCUCCCGGUAUCGUACGCAAGGAUGCAGAGAGCUUACCGAACGUAGGGGGUUGGAAAGCAUCCAGUAGAUUGAUCUUCUGGAAUGGAUAUCUGACGUGUCGUCGGAAGCUCAUGCUCUGCGUCUAUGGUUUAGUGUACAUGCUGGGCAGUAUGUGGAAGAAUGUGAUGUUCCUGACCAAUGUGCUCGGCGUCGUUUUCACAGGCACGAUCGAUCCGAGAACGGGGCGCAUGCCCUCUGAAGAGAAGCGACUGGAGGAUAUUCUGUCGGCCGGGGUGGCAUGCUUGUAUCAACGCGGGGAGAAAUUGUGGUACUGCGACAAGUGCGAUAUUUUCCGGCCUCUGCGGUCUAAACACUGCAACGACUGCGGCUACUGUGUUCGUACAUAUGACCAUCACUGUCCCUGGAUCGGUGUAUGCGUGGGCGAGCGAAACAAAGGCUGGUUCUGCUUCUUCUUGGUGCUACAGUCCGUCGAGCUGGCUUACGCAAUUGUGAUGUCUGUCUUUGCGACGAUUGUGGAUUCGGACUGGCUUGAAAGGAGAAACCCCACUCUCGACGACUUGGUCAUCAUGACCGCAUCGCUGAUGGUGUUUCACGUCAUUUUGAUUUUGGCCAACGUCACCACCUGGGAAAUGACGAGCUGGAAGCGGAUCAGCUACCUCAAGCGUCGCGAUCGGUCGAGGGGAAGCCCUUUCGGCACGAGUAGUCUCAAGGAAAACGUGAGCUUGGCGCUGCAGGUCCCGGCCCCCCUUAUUGGACGGUGGGAUCCCAGCAAGCUCACGCGGUUGGGUAAAUACGUAGUAGGCUUUAACGACGAGCUGUUUUGGCUUCCCGCUGACCCAGGUAAGGUUCCUGCCGCCCCUCCACCCGCCCAACCCACCCAAAUCCGAUCAAUCCUACUCAUCUUCCGAACUGGUUCGUUCCGCGAGCCCAUUGGUUCCCCGGCAUAUUCCCCCGAUCCUGUUGGCUGUAGAAGCGCGGGAAUUGGACUGGACCCGUGCGCGGUCCGGCCGCGGCGCGGUCCGGGUGGAUUAAUUCCGGCGAAAAUUAAUGAGUUAAUGGAGGAGUCGAGUAAGCGGCGCCGGAAGGAGGAGGUGACUUGUCGCGUGUGUCUCAAGGCAGCGGCCCUGUAUGUCUGUCCGCGAUGCGAGACACGGAGUUGCUCGCUGGCCUGCAGUCGACAGCACAAGGCGACGGAGAACUGUUCCGGCCGGCGCGCGGUCGAGUUUGCCGCGCGUGGGGCUAUGGAUGCGGGCACUCUGAUGAAGGACUUGAAGAUCCUGACGGAGGCGAGCGAGGUGGUGGAGUCGGCGGCGCGGCUGGACGGGCAAAUGGCGCUCAACCAGGUGUCUGCCAUCCACCCAGACUCCGUGGCGCCGGUCUUGGAGGAGCGCGAAGCGCCGGCGGGUGACCGUGUCAAGCGGGAGGCCGAAGGGACGCCCGAAGAGGGGACGCCAGGUGAGGGAACGUGCGGCGAAAGGUGGUACCGGGACAAACCGUCGCGGGACAGAGCGGGGCGAGGGGAUUUGCUCGCAUUUGGGGGCGGCGUGAACAAGAAUUGUCGCCAAGUCAUCCAGGCUGCUGGCGUCUACUUUCGCCAAGGUCCCCAGUGCUCCGCACGGCGUCGACGAAACACAACAUCGCUGAAAAAGAAACGGCUGCGUUGGCGCGUCGAGUGGACUGUUUAUGCACCCACCGGUGGCGUCGUGCGUGAAGUCCAGGUUAAGGCGCAGUCGCCGCAAUUCCUCAUGCGCACUCAAGUCGUGCACGUGCUGCGGCAACUGCCCGACCUGGUCCGGGAAAUGCUUAGCGGUGCGACCAUGAGCGGGGCGGUCCUCGGUGGUGUGAUCCCGAGUGGUGUGGCGGAGUCAGUUCCCACCACAACGUACGACGGCGCACUGGAGGACGACGCAGAGGAGGGCGCAGGGGAGGAAGACGCAGAGGAAGGCCACGCGGACGUUGUUCCUGACGAGGGGGCUGUUCCGGACACCAGCGCUGUUGCUGAGGACUCGCAGCCGCCGCUGGUUCAGGAAGUGUCUUCUGCCGUGGGUACGACGAGGUUGAAAGAACAAGAGGAACUGGACUUGGCCGAGGUGCCGCGAAGGGUGGAGACGGCUGCGGAAGGACCCGCGGCGGUGGAAGGACCCAUGGCGGCGUCUCGGUUGCCUGGAGAGCUUGUGCGUUUGGCGAGCCUGUUCGACAUUUUGCUUCUGGACGAGUCAGUGCCGAGCAACCAGCGAGGAUAUAUAAGAAUGGAUCAGGAGGAGACGUUGGAGGCUUGUCUCCAAGGCGUCUUAAUAACCGACUUUCCUCGAUUCCAGUUAGUGCCGAAGGACUUGUUGGCAAAUCGGGCGAAGACAAAGCCCUAUGACCUGGACAUCGACGCGCUGCCUGCGUAUGCAUUGGGGGUUAUAAACACGCGCUUGGACGUGCGUGCCAGCUUCAACGGGGCACCCGUGUACGAGCGGCAUUAUGCCGCCGCCGCGGUCUCUCCUUGA